AAGAAUUGAGAGUUAUCUCCCGUUUUUAAUCAUGGCGCAGUCCAUGCAGAAAGUUUAUAGCAGUAUUUGGGACCAAGUUUUAUCUCUUUUAUUUGAACAUUCACCACUUAAAAAUAAUGAGGAGAAUUUAAAAAAGAAUACGGUGAUAUAUCGUAGAAGCAAACGACUUCGUAAUGGCGAUGCGAUCAUCCCACGUGGCCGACUAUCUGAUAUAUCUUCGGAGACUUGGCAGCAUAUAUAUUCUGAGAUUGAGACAAGAAGCAAAACAUGGUCAAUACCUGUGACUUGUGGUCAACCAACAAAGGAAGCUGUGGCAGUUUUUCACCUUCAACGUCCUCAUGCCUUUCAACAUGUUUUAAAAUUAGUUCAGAUGCAGGGUAACCAGUAUGGACUAAUAUCAGACAGACAGGGCUACAACAUAUUUGUCAACUGUAGUCAUAUCAACACACAGCAGAACAAAUCUCUUGAUCACCUUGAACACAUCCGAGAAAUUAUUUUAUUAGAUCACAUCAUGAAAUUAUUGACUGCCAGUGGGUACUCUGUAGCAGGGAUUAUUUCAGACUCUAAUCAGUGGGAUGCAGAGUUACUUCAGAUGUUGAAUGCAACACACAUUUCCCAGAAAAUUGUUGAUGCUUCUUUGCCAUGUGGGUCAUCUGCAGUACAAUCAACCUUGUGUCAGGCAGCCAACAAGUCCAAUUUCAGGCAUCACUUUUCCACAAACAGUGCAGUCACAUCAAAUAAAGAUGAUUUUGUACAAAACCAUAUAGUUUUAGAUUUAAAAAAUUACUUAGAUUCUGAAGAAGGAAAAUGUGAGAGAAUUAAAGGAUUUGAUAAAAAUCUUCAUUUAGUGAAAGUCACUGAAGGUGAUGACCCAACACUUCUAAUGUUACGGGUGUCUCAACUUGAAUCCUGUUCUAAAGUUCUACAACAAAAGGAGGAUCAGCCUGUUAGGUGUUGUAUUCAUCUUGUACCAUCUUCUGAAAUAUAUGUCCAGCAGCAAGUCCAUCUCAUUUGGAAAAUCCUGUCAGACAACUGUAAACAAUUACAGCAGGCACAUGUUGUAUUUGGUGGAACCACCAAGAGAAAAUCUCUCAAAGAAGCUAUUGAUUGUGUAACAGCUGAAGAAUACAUCAGGCUUCGAAAGCUACAGAUGGAAAAUGCUACAGCAUUGAAAUAUGGGGAUAAUGUGAGCAAAGGCAUUGAAUGGGACCACAUGAUAAAGAAUCUGACUGAAGCUUGCAUGAAGUUCGAAAUUCUCAGCACUAACUGCCGUAACCCACUCAAGUUAAACCUGUCUGAUACAUCAAAAAAUAUGGAAGAUCAUGUUGACAAUUGUGGUGGCCCUUUUGUCAUGUAUAAUUGUGCUCGUCUAGCAAUGCUUUUUCGGAAAUUUGAUGAAGAUGUUAAAAACGGUAUUUACCCUAGUUUGCCUAGCCUGUCGCAGUGUGAUAUGAGUCUUCUUAAACUUGAGGAAGAAUGGACACUUCUUUAUAAUUUUGUGGAACCAUACCCCAGUUUGAUACAGAGCACUGUCCCUACCAUUGGAGAUUGUUUAUAUUUAAAUAUUCAAACUCAUAAGGUUGCUGGUUUUUUGGUGUCAUUAAGUCACUGCUUAAGUUCCUACUACAGUCGAGUUCAUGUUCUUGGGGAGCCACGUCAACAUCUUUUACCUUUGAUGUAUGCUCGAUUACAUCUUCUUACUGCUGUUCAUCAAGUUAUGUUAAAUGGCCUGCAACUGCUCAACAUUGAACCAGCUUCACAAUUGUAACACUUGGCAGAAAAUCCAACAGAUUGUUUGUGUGUGUGUGUGUGUGUGUGUGUGUGUGUGUGCACGUACCUGCAUGUGUGUGUAUGUACUCAAAUAUCUUUCUCACUCUCUCUUUGCUUGGGAGUCUAUCUAAAUAAUAAAUAUUUAUAUACACAUAAAGAUGAUGAUGUUUGUUACAGUGUAAAUGCAAAUGCAUAAGAAGUAUCAUUUGUUUCCUAUAUUGUACAAAAGCAUGUCCAGCCAUUGGCAAAUAUUACCUCACUUGUAAACAGGUGAGGGUUGGUGAUAGGAAGAACAACCGGCAGUAGAAUAUCUGCUUCAAUAAACUUGAUCAAACCCAUGCAAGCAUGGAAAAGUGGACAUUAAAACAAUGAUGGUAAUAUAACAAUAUAUCUUUUAAUCGAUAAUUUGAAUGGCUAUCUCCAGUUCUAGCACACAUAACCUUUUAUACAUAUAUAUAUAUAUAUAUGUAUGUAUUAACUAUUAGUGAUGUGUACAGUAUUAAUACAAAAAGGUAAUCACUGUAUCCAACUUAUUAUAGAUGUUAUGUUAAAACACCAUGCUAGCAUGGGUUGAACGAUUUGACUGAGGACUGGCAAAUCAGAUGGCUGCACCAGGCUCUAAUCUAAUCUGGCAAAGUUUCUACAGCUGGAUGCCCUUCCUAAUGCCAACCACUCUGAGAGUGUAGUGGGUGCUUUUACGUGCCACCAGCACAAGGGCUAGUUAGGCAGUACUGACAAUGGCCACGCUCAAAUGGUGUUUUUUACGUGGCACUGGCAACAACCUCGCAUGAAUGGUGCUUUUUACAUGCCACCGGCACGGAAGCCAGUCAGCUGCUCUGGCAACAAUCAUGCUCGGAUGGUGCUCUUAGCACUCCACUGGCACAGGUGCCAGUCAUCAAAUUUGCGAAUUUGAUUCAAUUUCGAUUUCACUUGCCUCAACAGGUCGUCGCAAGCAGAGUUUAGUGUCCAAUGAAGGAAAGGUAUGCAUAAGUGGGCUGGUUACACCCCUGGCAAAAGCCACGGGUUAUGGUCUCACUUGGCUUGCCAGGUCUUCUCACACACCUCAUAUUUCCAAAGGUCUCAGUCACUAAUCAUUACCUCAGUGAGGCCUAGUGUUCGAAGGUCAUGCUUCACCACCUCAUCCCAGGUCUUCCUGGGUCUACCUCUACCACAGGUUCCCUCAACCGCUAGGGUGUGGCACUUUUUCACACAGCUAUCCUCAAGCAUAUUGUAUGUAUGUGUGUGUGUGUGUGUGUGAAUGAAUAAGUGCAUGCUCAUUUGCAUGUGUGUUUGUGUGCGUAUUUAUGUACUCAUACACAUAUACAUGCGAAUUCACAGUUUGUCUUUAAUAUUACAAUACAUGUGAUAGUAUGUAUUUGUUCAAAGCUGAUGAUGCACACUGUAGGCUCAGAGUAAACUAUCAACUUUGAUCAUACUCUCUACACUUUCUUCUAUCCAUAUGUAUGCCUAUUUCUUUUCUACUUUAGGCACAAGGCCCGAAAUUUUGGGUGAGGGGGCCAAUUGCUUAAAUCGACCCAGUACACAACUGGUACUUAAUUUAUCGACCCCGAAAGGAUGAAAGGCAAAAUCAAUCUUGGUGAAAUUUCAAGUCAGAACUUAAAGACAGACGAAAUGCCAUUAAGCAUUUCACCCAGUGUGCUAAUGUUUCUGCCAGCUCGCCACCUUCAAAUGUAUACCUAUGUGAAUGUGUGUACAUAUCAUCAUCAUCAUCAUCAUCAUCAUUGUUUGGCAUCUACUUUUCCAUAGUUGGAUGCUUCAGAGGGAAUUUGUUGAUGCAAGUUUUCUGUUGUUAGAAUCCCUUCCUAUUACUAGCCCUCACCAGUUUCCAAGUAAGGUAAUAUUUCCCCAUGGAAGAACUGGAAACGAACAACAUCAUUUAUAUAAUGGUAAUGCUCAUUUACACAUGUUGUCAAAACAAGGGUACACACACACACUCUCAUGCAUUUAUAUAUAGUCAUAGGAAUUCAUGGUUAACACAUUCAUGUGUAAUCAGACGUGAUAAAACUUAUUACUGCAAGAAUAGUCCUGGCAGAAAAUUCUCCACCUAGAAUUGUGUAAACACAUUUUCUUUUGAGUCGUGAGUCAUGUCAUUGGAUUGUAGGGCACAUGUGUUUCAGCAUCAUUCUGCUUUGUCAGCUUCAGAAACUAAAGUUACUCACAACAUGAUAUAUAUAUAGGGUUAUACUUAUGAAAACAGUGACAAAUGCACAGUGCCAAGUGGGCCACUUGCUGGUGUGUGAAUCACUUAGUUAAGCUGGAAUUGAAUAAUUAAUGUUGCUCAAAGUAAAAUGUGUAUUUACACAAGUCUCUGGUGGAGACUUUUCUCUUGGGAUUAUCAUCCAUUUAUAACACUGGGCAGCAAAAAAAUUUUUUUUUGUCUGGUGCCUGGAAUAUUUCAAUGGAUUCUUAAGUGAUUGUGCCUGCCAAAUUCAAAAAUAACUUCAGUUUUUCUCUAUCAAGUCUAGUUUUCUGAUAGAGUAAGUAGUUUAUUCAUACAAGAGGCAUAUAACCUAAAUCAAUAAAGAGAGCAUAACACAAAGCAAAACAAAGUACAAAUAAAAAUUCAAAAUUGAAAAUGCACAUUGGCAAAGAUUUUUAGCAGAAAAUUCAAGGAAUAAAUUUAUGCUUCAUUGUGUACCAUGAAUGUUGAGCAACAGGAGUAUCUCGUUUUAAACACCAGCAAUAGUCUGCCAUCGUUACCACAUCCCGACAUUCUUGGUACCAAGUUUCCAUCUAGAUGUCCUGACGGAAUCAUUCACCUUGUUCAUCGCUAUCUUCUCUGAGAUUUUCAAGAAAACGAUCAAGAUGACUAAAAGGAUAAUGCAUUUUGAUGCUCAUAUUUGUGCCAAUAUCACGAAAAGUUGAUAUCGAGUUGGUAACAAGGUCUUUAUAGUUUUCACUUUUUGGAUCACUAGAAAAAAAAAUCGUCUAUGCAGGUUGUUCAGCAAACCGGUGACUCAGUAAAGCAUUGCGGAAGUCUCAGUUGUAUAUGUAUAUAAAUAAUUAGGUAGGAGGUUACAUGUUUGCAUACAUAAUUGGAUAUACAUAUUCAUCACGACAUAUUUACAAUAAUAAAUUUGCUUGUUAACUUGUGCACUACACUAUUAAUGUCUGUUUGCAGACUAGUGAUUUUUCUUUAUGCACCUUUAAUUAUACAUUACAUUGUUAAUACUGCAAAUUACCUGAAGAUUCACUUCAAUACCUUAAGAAUUUACACACUAGAACAUAUCUUACAGCAGUCUACAUAACAAAUAUGCUGCAGAAUAUUAUUAUUAUUAUUCUAGUGCAUGCUAAAUUAGUUAGCAGGUAAUUUUAUCUUGAGGCUUUGUGUUAAAUUUCCUCAAAUCUCAAGGAUCUUUCUUAGGAUUCUUGCAGAAUACAGGAUGAUACUUUCCUGCAGGUCGACAAUGCGAGUUUCAAUUCCAAUGUCUUUCAGUCUUUUAGGUAGCAUUUUGGGUCUUGUACCAAGUUUACCACUUACCACAGGAAUAAUUGUUGCCUUGGUCUCUCACAGUCUCCUCAGCUCUCUGGCUAGAUCCAGGUAAUGAUAUGCUAAAAUUACAAUAAUUUAGGACAGCUAUAACUACGUCUCCUCACAAAAUUCUCAAAACUUCUGGAAUGUACCUCGUAACUUAUGGAACUUUGAGAGUUAAAAAGAAUUAAAUUAAUUAAGUAUAUUCUUUUGACAUUAAAACUAAUUCGCAAAUUUCCUUUUCUAAUCAUCCAAAUUAAACUAUUCAUGUCAUUACCAUUUACGCAGUUAUUAUCAUUUGAGAUGGGUGGUCUUUGUGAUAUUUAAUUACAUCCCGUUUGGUUUCAAAUUUUAAAUCUCAUCCAAGUUAACUCUGUCUUUCAUCCUUCUAGAGUCAAUAGAAUAAAGUACCCGUGAAGAAUUGGGAUCAAUAAAUUUGUGUUUCUAUACAAAAAAAAAAAAUCAAUGUUAUUUACAAGGUCUCUAAUCCCAUGUGAUUUCAACCAUUCUCAUACAUUUUUUUAUUAUAUUCAUCUAUGGGUCGAUAUGUUUUGUAAUAUUUAUACUGCUUAAUUUUUUCCCAAAGCAUUCACAAUUAGGCUUCCAUUUUCUGUUUGCAGAUUUAUGUCUCUUUUUCUUCUCAUAUUUUCCCUUCUCUAUCAGAUGUGCAUUUGUCUGAAAUUCUUUACAUCAUGUAUUGCCAUACAUUUAUUGAUACAUGCUGUAUUUAAUCAUUAAUUGACUUGUUAAUUAAUUCGUUAUUCACACAGCAAUUAAUUUAUAA